AUGGGCGCGACAAAGGAAUCUUCUAACGGAAACAUAUUGCGAGAACGCAUCGGGGCUACCAAUGGUCAUGCCAAUGGUAAUGGCCAUGCUCACUUGAACGGCAUCAACAACAAAUCCGACUCGCCCACCAAAAAUGCAUAUCCAAAACCUCGUCUCGCGGGCUGGACACCGCCUAAUUUUACAAUCAAAGAAGUCCGUGAUGCCAUACCUGCUCACUGCUUUGAACGUAGUGUCAUCACAUCAAUGUACUAUGUCUUCCGCGACUUGAUCAUGGUCGCAGCUAUGGGCUAUGCUGCUACACACAUCGACUCCCUCCCCGUAGCUGCUAGAUAUAUCUGCUGGCCAAUCUACUGGUUCUUCCAAGGGGCUGUCUUGACUGGUCUAUGGGUACUUGCUCAUGAGUGUGGUCAUCAGGCAUUCUCUGACUAUCGCUGGUUUAAUAACGUCGUUGGUCUUAUCAUCCACUCGGCUCUAAUGGUUCCCUACCACUCAUGGAAGAUUACUCACGCUGGCCAUCACAAGUCAAAUGCCCACAUGGACAAGGAUGCCGUAUAUAUACCUAAACUUAGAUCAGACUAUGGCUUCCCACUACCAGAAACAUCUGAAAAUGAGGAUGAGGAUGAUUACGCAAUGGGUGAAGCUUUUGAAGCCUCUCCAAUUAAAAACUUGUUAGACAUGCUCAAGGUGCUGUUGUUCGGCUGGCCAACAUAUCUCACCACAAACGCUUGGGGUCCAAAGUCAAAGGCUGGUGCCUCUCACUUCAACCCUGCUAGUGUCUUGUUUGAAGCUCGUCAAUACAACCAGAUUGUAGAAUCGGACUUUGGUAUACUCGUCGCUUUGUGCUGCAUCUCAUAUGCUAUAUAUGUCUUUGGCUUCAUUACUGUUGGUAAAUACUACUUUGUUCCUUACAUCUGUGUCAACUGGUGGUUGAUUAUGAUUACCUACUUGCAACAUACCGAUCCCACCAUCCCUCACUACCGAGAAGGUGAAUGGAACUUCUUACGUGGAGCCUUGUCUACCUUGGACCGUAAUUUUGGUUUCUUGGACCACUUCUUCCACCACAUUGCCGACACCCACAUUGCCCACCACUUGUUUUCAACCAUGCCUCACUACCAUGCUGAAGAAGCUACCGAAGCACUCAAGAAAGUACUUGGCCCAUACUACCGUAAAGAUAACACUAAUCCCUUCGUUGCCAUGUACCACUCUUGGGAUAAUUGCCGAUUUGUAGAAGAUACUGUUUAUAUCGAUGCUCCACAUAGAGCAGAUAUAGAUGCAGAUGAAGCUAAUUUCAUCGGCUUGAAGGACUUUAACGGUGCUGCAGCUCGGGCUUGGUAUACGUUUGAGAAACUGGACAAUGAUCAUGAAAGUUAUGUAGGGUUCGACAAGUCGCUUGGCUUGAUUAAACAGACGUGGGAUACCAAAGGACCUUUCGUUGGAAUUUUGGGGUUUAGUCAAGGAUCGACUAUGGCUGCUGUAGCUUCAAAUGCUGGGUUGAGUGGAUGUAAAUUCGUUAUCUGCUUCUCUGGGUACCGGCCUCGAGAUCCUGCUGUUGUGAAGUAUGUGGAUGAUGUGAACGGUAUGCCUUCCAUGCAUGUUAUUGGAAGAGCUGAUUCUGUGGUGUCGAAUGAGCGGACGCUCGAAUUGGCGAAGUGUUUCGAGAAUGCCAAAGUGUUGUAUCAUGAUUCGGGGCAUUUGGUUCCAACUGGACCAGAAAGAACAGAGAUCCGAGAAUGGAUUGAGCAAACGCUGUCCAGUGCAUAA